AUGACGGUUUCCGAAUCGAAAGAGCUCCGGGGGCUCAAUCUCAUCGCCGCGCAUUCCCAUAUCCGAGGUCUUGGAGUAGAUGGCACAUCUCUCGAACCGCGCCCGUCGUCACAGGGCCUUGUAGGCCAGGAAAAGGCCAGGAAAGCGGCCGCUGUGAUUCUACAAAUGAUCAGGGAAGGCAAAAUCGCUGGUCGCGCAGUUCUCAUUGCUGGGCCUCCUAGCACCGGCAAAACCGCGAUUGCUAUGGGUAUGGCCCAGUCCCUGGGCCCCGACGUCCCCUUUACCAGCCUCGCCGCUUCGGAAAUCUUUUCUCUCGAAAUGUCCAAGACGGAAGCCCUGACCCAAGCGUUCCGGAAAUCCAUCGGUGUGCGCAUCAAGGAGGAGAGUGAGAUCAUGGAGGGCGAGGUGGUGGAGAUCCAGAUCGACCGCAGCGCUACUGGCGGCGCCAAACAGGGCAAGCUUACCAUCAAGACCACCGACAUGGAGGCCGUGUAUGAUAUGGGCACGAAGAUGAUUGAUGCCAUGACCAAGGAGCGUGUCAUGGCCGGAGACAUCAUUUCCAUCGACAAGUCGUCUGGAAAGAUCACAAAGCUGGGCCGUUCAUACGCUCGCUCCCGUGACUACGACGCCAUGGGCGUUGACACCAAAUUCCUCCAGUGCCCGGACGGCGAAUUGCAAAAGAGGAAAGAAAUCGUCCACACCGUUUCCCUGCACGAGAUUGACGUCAUCAACUCGAGAACGCAGGGGUUCCUGGCCCUCUUUUCCGGCGACACGGGCGAAAUUCGGAGCGAAAUCAGAGACCAGAUCAAUACCAAGGUGGGCGAGUGGAAGGAGGAGGGCAAGGCCGAGAUUGUGCCCGGCGUUCUAUUCAUUGAUGAGGUUCAUAUGCUCGACAUCGAGUCAUUCUCGUACAUCAACCGCGCUCUCGAGGACGACCUUGCUCCUAUCGUCAUCAUGGCAAGCAACAGGGGCCACUCCCGCAUUCGUGGCACAGAUUACCGAAGCCCCCACGGGCUCCCCCUCGACUUCUUGGACCGGGUUGUCAUCAUCCAUACCCACCCAUACUCCUCGGAUCAGAUUCAACAGAUCCUCACCAUCCGGGCACAGGAGGAAGAGGUCGAUGUGUCCCCCGAUGCCAUGGCCCUAUUGACCAAGAUUGGCCAGGAGGCCGGUCUCCGCUACGCGAGCAACUUGAUCACCACGUCGCAGCUCAUCUCGGCCAAACGGAAGGCCAAGGAAGUCGGUGUCGCGGACGUGCAACGCAGUUUCCAGUUGUUCUACGACCCUACCCGCAGCGUCAAGUUCGUCAGCGAGUCUGAAAAGAGGUUGAUAGGUAACGACGGCGCCGUCGAUUUCACUGUGACCAACGGCCACGGCGAGGCGAUGGAUGUGAGCUGA